ACUGUCGAAGUCAUAUCAAGCUCAAAAUUGAUAAACUUUUCGAGUGUUUAAGGGGAAAAUGACAGAUUCAGGACGAUACCGACCUAGCUACGGCGACUUUCAGUACUCGACUGAGCAGAGCACCCGAUAUACACUGAUUCAUCUGAUUUUAUUUGUCAUUUUCUUGGCAUGCUUAUCGACGGUAGGCAACGUUUUGGUAGCGCAACAACAAUUUUAUUUUAUCCGGGGUAUCCGGAAUUUAUUUGAAACGCCGGGCCAUAUGGAGGAUGGAGGCCACAUAGCUUUCCAUGACGUCGUUACAAUUUCAGACUUCUGGGAAUAUUUGGAGUUUGUAGUCAUUCCCAUGCUUCAUGGCGACGUAUACAAUCAAUCUGCUCCUAAUGCUCGUGGCAUAAUUAACAAAUGGCCGAUCUUGAGUAAUCGCUUAGUACUCAAUGAAAAUCUACUGCUCGGAUCGCCGAGGCUCCGACAGGUGCGUGUCAAAGAGGGCACCUGCCACGUGCACCGCUCACUCACGCGAUACUUCAACGAAUGUUAUGCGCCCUACACGAUGGCAGCUGAGUUCACUGAGCCGGUCUAUAAGGGCACCAAGUUUUAUACAAUGAAGGAACUGCAGACCAAUCCCAUCAAAGGAACUCUACUGACCUAUCCAACCGGAGGCUAUGUGAAAUUAUUAUCAUACAGGGGGGACACGAGUCUCGCGAUCAUUCGCCAUUUGAGAAAAAUUAAAUGGCUAGAUCGUGCUUCGCGUGUUGUCCUGCUUGAGCUGAAUAUGAUCAAUUUGAGUUUGGACCUAAUACUGUCCACUAAAUUAACGUUCGAGAUUAUGCCGACAGGCCUUCUAAAUAAAAAGUACAAGUCGCAGUCAUGCCACACAAAUCUAAUGAUGAGCGAUGGCAUCGCAAUAAAAUGCGCCAUUACAAUCUAUAUAAUUAAUUUAUACUAUACCUAUAUUGAGAUCAAAAAAUUUGUUCGCAUCGGCUUUAGGCGUUAUUUUACCAAGUUUUCAACAUAUCUAUUUUUACCUAGUAUUUUCAUUUGUUAUGCGUUGAUUUAUCUACAUUUACUGUCGAUGUAUUAUGCCGUAAUAUUUCACAUUGCAGUUAAUUCGAAAAAUGUCUCUUAUGUUCCAACGGAUUACCUGUUCAAUGUAUUUUCGGCUCAGCAGAUCCUAAUCGGACUCUUGGUCUUUUUCUCCUGGAAUUGCCUGCUGGUGUACAUGGACUGUCUGCGCAUCCUAAGAACUCUUGCCAGCGCUACGAAAAUGGCUUUAGCCGAUUUGAGUGCAUUUUUCAUCAUGCUCUCCGUGGCAUUUUUGGGCUAUGGACUCCUUGGCUUCUUCCUGUUUGGCCUUGAUAAUGGCAACUUUAAAGACCUCGGAAAUUCCCUCUUAACAAUGGUGCGCAUUGUGGUUUACGAUUUCAACUACUUCGAACUGGAGCAGGAGUUUCCAGUACUGGCUCCCAUAUACUUUGUGACUUACGUGAUAUUCCUAUACCUAAUUGUAUUCAAUAUGUUCAUGGUCGUUAUUAUCAUGGCCUACCAAACAGCCACAGAGAUGGUCGCCUUCAAGCCCUCUUUCUUAUUAUACUAUUUAAGAAAGCAACUUUAUCGGAUUAGCUGUGGUAUUUGUAAGCCUGCCGAAUAUCCACAGUUGGGUAAAAAACAGGAUUCAAGCAAUAAGCUCAAUUUAAAAGGAUUACGCCAAUUGCAGCUCAUCAGAGAGUAUACGGAAGUUGAGUUCGAGAUAAAUAUACUACAUUACCGUCUGGACCUAAUUGACGAAGUAUUUCAUAAUUUCACUAAUACUAUCGACGAUAUAAUAGGAAAUGUGAAAAGUGAAAAUAGGCAUCAAGUGCAGAAUCAGCAAAGUGAAUUAUUAAGUAAAAGCAAUUGAAAUUAAAAUAUUUGUUCUUAUCAGAAACUGCACUCAGAU